CUCGAAUUUUGGACUGAAUUGACCUAUGUAGAAGACUAUAACGAGACCUGCUAAAGCAGUUUAGGCAAAUCCAAUCGCAAAGUUUUUCCUACUAGGUACAUGGGGUAGGCGGGGAUCAGGCAGGUUCAGCUCUCAUUUCCCCUGUAUACCAGCGCCUACGAUUCAGCCGCCAAAUAAUGGAGCAGGCAAAUUUCUCCCUGUCUGCUUCGAGAUGGCUGGCGUCGAUUGCCUCCCCGAAGAAAUCAACGUUCUCACCUUGAACUGCUGGGGCAUCCCAUACGUGUGCCCAAAUCGAUCUGAUCGUCUCGAGGAAAUCGGGCGACGUAUUGUUAAGAGUAACCCCCAGCCGCAUAUCGUUGGCCUACAAGAAUGCAUCUCCAAGACAGAUUUCGAGCAUAUCCAGCAAGAGACACGCAGCAUCUUGCCAUACUCUAAGCAAUACUUCGCCGGACCGCUCGGGACAGGGCUGGCUCUUCUAUCACGAUGGCCCAUUGAAGAAAUCUCGAUAACUCGAUACCCCCUGAAUGGCUCUCCGACAGCUCUCUUCCAUGGUGACUGGUACGCGGGUAAAGGCGUUGCCUACGCCAAAGUCCGAUACGGCAAGGAGCCGGACAACAUAAUUGAUGUCUUCAACACGCACCUGCAUGCUUUCUACCCCGGCCACGAGUACCUCUGUCACCGAGUAAGCCAAGCCUGGGAACUGUCCAAGUUCCUACGGGGUGCCUCGCAACGCCGUCACGAUAGGGCUCUGGUCGUUCUCCUCGGCGACCUUAACGCCGAGCCAACAUCUCUUCCGUACCGCAUUUUGAGGCACUUCGUCCCCGAUAUCCACGAUACUUGGCUCCAGCAUUCUCUUCGGCACAAGAAACCUCCAAAAGGCAGUCAGGGAGGUAGUAAUACGCGGGAAGAUGAUACCAAUGUCCAAAGUGGAGUUACAUAUGGGUCGCCGUAUAACACGUGGAUGUGGACUCGCGCCCAACGGGCCCGGUAUCUGAGACAACCGGGAGCUCCGGUUAGCGAAUUGGGUUUCCCGGCGGGGGUCGGACGAGAGCAGGUUAUGCGUAUAGACUACGUGCUAGCGAACGUAACUCCCCGAUAUCUCAAGGAUAUUGAGAUUGGUCCAUACACAGAUAGGUUUGGAAGCGGGAAAGACACCGGGGGUACUAGUAAAGUCGACCAGGGCCGUGGCGUGUGGACGGUGAAAUCCGCGAAAGUGGGUAUGGUCGAUCGACAUCCAGUGCUAGGCUGCUCGUUAAGCGAUCAUUUCAGCGUCGAGACGACUCUUGCGUUUCAGAAGAUAGGAAAGGGGGUCCCGAUAAGUCGUCAACUAUCGAAUGAGCCCCGCGGUGCUGAUCACAGGGCCUUCACAGGGCUAAAGGAAGACGCAGGCAGUGAGACUCAUGUUCAAGAGCUACAAGGAGCUCUGGAAUUGGGGGAGUUGCCUGGCGAGCCAAAUACCAUUGAGCUUCUUGACGAGAUUAUCCAUGUUCUGGGAGAGAAUAGUAAGAUACUUCAACAGCGCUCUUGGUGGAGAAGGGCCAGACUGGGUGUUGCGGGAAUUGUGUUAGCAGGGUCGCUAGUGGGAGUCUGGGUAGUUGGUGUACCUGGCUGGGCUCGUUUUCUACUUGCUCUUGCCGGGGCUCUGGCAUCAGCUUGCGCUGCUGUUGAUGCCUGGGCCGGCAUAUCCCUCUAUCCUACUGAAACGGCGGCAUUGGAAGAAUUUGAGUGGGAAGUGAAAAAUGCUAAAAGGAGCUGUGAUAGCGUUACAUCUCUCUAAGUUAAAUUUAUACCCCUAUUCGACCAAACUCCAGUCUCUUGGCACUGAGGGAGAUUGAGAACCUUGGAACCUUUAAGGCCACCGCGAGCUUAUAUAUGUAGACUCUCAGGAGCGAAGGAAAGGAUAAAAGAGAA